UAAAAGUACUCUACGUAGCCUAAAACAGCGUUUUAAAGCAUACGAGAGAAAACGGUCGUUGGGUGCCCCUGAUAUAUGUACAUAUGCAAAAGUUAGAUAAAAAUAAAUGUGUCAAAAUACCACGAUAAAUAAAUAGUAAUUCCUAGUUACAAGUUACUUUACUUAUUUCACAUAUUUCAAAUAUUCAGAUAUUCAAAAAUUUCAAAUCUUCAUUAAUGGAUUUAGUUAAAUGUACUGAGGUUAUAAUUCAGCUUCUUUAAUUUAUUAAUUAAAUUAAAUUAUCAAUUAAACAACGUGUGAAUUAAGCAAGGUUGUUUGAUGCUUUGAGUUUAUAUUGAUUCUCGGUGAACCAAUUGCUUUGUUUAAUUUUAAAUGUGAAAAAUGGAAAUAAGCAAGCCAAAAGUAAGGUCCACCAUAAAUAUACAAAAAAACGACCGUGAGCAAUACUUUUUUCCGGUUCAGUCGAACUGGCAUUUUUGUUACACGUUGCUUCUUUUACAACUUGCUUGUAAAUCCCUCAAUGCUUGACUUUGUUUUGGAUCCAGGAAAGCCUAACCUGCGUAGCAGGCACCCUAUCCGAGCAAUAGGGAACGAGCGAGGCGCUUAUAUGUAGGGCGGCCUUUUUCCGCGAGAACACGCGCGCACGUGUAGAAACGCGAGCGAUAGGAAAGAGCGCCUGCAAGAGAAGGCCAAACACCGCUCAAACUCACCUUUUGUUACUCAAAUACCCCCUUUUAUCACUCAAGCGCGUGCUAUGCAGAUAAUGAAACCGGAGUUACUAACAACUUGCAUGCUCAUUAAUACAUUUCAAAAAUCGUCUAUUCCCACGCGAGCCCUAGUCUCAUUUCUCUCUUUGAGUUGUUUAGUGGCUUUUUUGAAGAACCAUAAAGUUCACUUCAACCCGAUCAAAUAAGGGACUGCACAGAGGCUGAACUGAAUUGUUCAAAAGGCCUGAAAACAUCAACAGAGGCGGGAAUGCACUGCAGUUUAGCGCUAUAUUGAUGUCAUUAAAUUUUCAUUCAUCCCAAGCGACAAAAUCAUAAAUGGAGAACUGCAUGGAAUCACUAAGUAUUCGCCAAUUGGUAAAAACGGGCUAAUUGGGUACUACAUCGGUACAGGAUGCUUAUUUUACUUGCAUCUUAACUUGUUGUUUUCGUGGUCGGUUAGUCGACUGCCUUAUUUAGAAUAUAUUUAGAAUAUUUGAAUUGCUCAAUCAAAUUAAAGAAGGCCGGUAUAUUGUAAAGCGCACGCAUUAAAAUGAGUAGCCAUCAUGGCAAAAAAAAGCUCUUUGACUGACUUAGGGCUUUUCAAUCAAAGGGACUCCAGAUGUACUAUCGCGGGUAAAUACAGUACAGGGAUAUGGGAUCACAGUAAAACUCGGAGAAAGGCUAAAAAGGAGGACGAAGCCGCAAUCAUUAGUGGUCACCUGUUUUAUACCCAAGAGAGACGAGAGACGAGUGAACUGACUGACGAGGUCACGAAAGUUAUAAGGAAAAGGAUUUCUAACCACAACUCGGUCUUGCAUAUUGCAACGCGUAUUGUUAUUCGUAGUCACGCUAUAGGAGCCACGUCGUUGUCAGUUCCCAGUUUUCUGAGAACAACUCCGCGAGACCACGUGACUCUCCGUUAACCCGCACUGAGACGGACAAACUCCGUUGAUGCUGACUUGUGUGAUUUAACGCCCACACAAAAACGGUCUCUUGUAAGGAAAUGCUACGAGUCUUUUUAGAAAGAAAAUAAUUGAAAUAAAGACUUGCAAGCAGUACAUUUUUGUUGUGAUUAGUGAUUGAGUGACUUCUGAACAGCGAGCAUGAACACAUCUGUUACGUCAGAGUUACAUUCUUGAGAGUCACGAUCAGUUUCCAAGAUAAAAUGACAAUGGUUAAAAUAUUGCUCCAUGAUUGGUUUGUACAACGAAAAAGAUUAUCAUAUUAAAAACAGCCGAUCCUUAGAAAAGCCAAGGACAAGAAGGCAGCGAGAAACAUUACUUCGUUCUCUUGUUUCUGAAGACAAAAUGGAUAUCAAAACGUUGCUCCAUAAUCUCCGUGAAGAAGUGUCUUGCUCGGUGUGUUCCGACAUAUUUACCGAUCCAAAACAUCUGCCAUGCUUACACAGUUUCUGUCUGCGCUGCUUGAAACAAUGGCAUAGUACGAGCCAUGGCUGCGACACCAUCAGAUGCCCGAAAUGUCAAGCCGUUAGCAGAGUCCCUGAAAGUGGUGAUCUGAAAGAUCUUCCAACCAGUUUUUAUCUGAAUGGCUUGAUUGAUGUGCUGGAAAUAAAAGAGUGCCGAAGUAGUCAAGGAAGAUGCGGAAAUUGUGAGAAGAAAAGUUCCGGGAAUUCUUAUUGUUUCCAGUGUUGCAUGUUGUGUUGUCAAGAGUGCGUAACUGCGCACAACAUCAUGCGAAGUAAUAAUGAUCACCGUGUUCUGGCGCUAAAAGAUUUUGAAGAGAAGGACUAUGAGGAUGUGCUAAAGCGACCAGUUUUUUGCGCAAAGCAGCGGCACGAGAAAGAAGAGCUCAAGUAUUUUUGUAAGAACUGCGAAAGGGCAGUUUGCCAAACUUGCGUUUUAAUAGAUCAUCCUGGUCACGCUUUGGAGCACAUAGAGGAAGAAGCCGAAAGACAAAAGUUUGAAAUAAAAUCAAUGAUUGAAACACAGAAGCAUAAUUUACAAGAAAAGAUGAACGCUGUCAGUAAACUUGAUGAAGACUACGCGAAGCUGAUACAACAUCGCGAAGAGGUGAUGAGAGACGUUCAGAGGACUGUUGACAAUUUAAUUGCCAAUAUUGAAGCAAAGAAGCAAACAAUUUUUGCAGCAAUGGAAGACCAAGCAAAGAAGUCUCUUGAAAGUCUAAUAACGCAAAAGACCGAGAUCGAGCAUCAAAUAGAAGUGAUCGAAACAUUGUUGGAUAAAGCUGAUAAAGUUUUAACACGAAGUACAAACGCAGAAGUCGUUCAAGUGAAAAAUUCAUUAGAAACAAUCUUGGAGGGAGUCGAUCAAACUACUAAGCCAGCUGAGCGUGACCCGAAACGUCUGCCGAUUUUGGUUUUCGUGGAAAAUCAAAAAAUGCUGGAGAUGGUCAACACCGAAGAAAUUGGAACACUAGAAAUACUGCAGCAAACUGAAGCAAGUCAAUCUGUCGUUGAAGGCAGAGGACUAGGAGAAGGAACUGUUGGAUGUGAAGCACAGUUUGUUCUGACCACAAAAAACGCAGAGGGAAAACAGUGUCACAAUAAACACGACCGUGUAAUGGUAGAGAUCAGGGACGAACAAGGACGAGAAUGCGCGACGGAAGUGCGAAUAAAUGACAAUAAGGAUGGAAACUACAAGAUUAGUUAUUCACUCAAAGAUCAAGGCAAAUACAAAGUGACAGUAAGGGUAAACGGAAAAACCAUUCGUGAAAGCCCUUUUUCUGUUGAGAUGAAAUUAUUUCAAUUCAGACCUGUUUUAUCUUUUGGAACAGAGGGUUCGUCAGUUCGAAUUUUAAACUAUCCCUGGGGCGUGGCAGUAAAUGCCAGGGACGAGAUAGCUGUAACCGACUGUUUAAACCACAGAGCUCUAAUCUUCAAUAGUGAUGGAAAUUACUUAAGAUCUUUUGGUCGGCAAGGUAGCAAUGCGGGGGAAUUUAAGUUUCCAAGGGGAAUAACCUUUUCUAAAAAUGGAAAUGUUUUCGUAGCAGACAAAAUUAACCACAGGAUCCAGAUUUUUAGUGGGGAGGGUGAGUACGUGGGUAUGUUUGGUGGAAAAGGAAGCCUUGAUAGUCAGCUCUAUAAUCCUUUAGGUCUAUCUGUAGACAGUGAUGGAAACAUUAUUGUUGCUGAUACAGGUAACAAACUGAUUAAGAUCUUUUCUCCUGAUGGCAAGUUUCUAAUGAAGAUAGGUGGGCAGGGUUCUUUUACUUUUCCUAUCCACUGUGUUCAGUGCGAUAGAUAUCUCAUAGUGUCAGACUACCAAGAACAUUGUAUAAAGGUUUUCGAUAGAAAUGGAACCUUUCAGUACAAGUUUGGAAAACAGGGUGGAGGGGACGGGGAGUUUAAUUAUCUUAGCUGUUUGUCAGUGAACAAGUCAGGUCACCUGAUGGUGUGUGAUACAAGUAAUUACAGAAUACAAGUAUUUCAACUGAGUGGGAAGUUUGUUGGUAAGUAUGGAAGAGAGGGAAGCAGUCUUGGAGAAUUUAAGUCUCCACAGUCUCUAGCAGUUCUUAGUAAUAGUCGAAUUGUUGUUUGUGACAGGAAUAACAAUCGUAUUCAGAUAUUGUAGUGAGAAUUUUCCUGUCCAUACAAAAAAAAAAAAAAAAAAAAACGAGUUUUGUAGUUGGUUAAUUUGCAUUGUUCUGAAGUGAUUCAAAACAGUUUUUUUUUAGUUUUCAGUUUGUUAAUCCGCUUGAGAAAAAGUUACAGAUGCGGGUAUCAUAUCAUGUUAUUGUUGGAAACAAUUAUAAAGAUUUAUUUUAAUGUAAGCUGGUAGGUUUAACUUCUCAGGGAUUUUCUCUUUGUCAGGGGUGGAGUGGGGAAGGCAAGUCCGAAACUUUCGCUUUUGGUUAGGAUGGAUAACUAGUAUUGCGUUCACAUUAGGCCGAAAAAGGUUGAGUUCUUGCUUCCGGGAAAGUGUUCACUUUGCUGUAGCAAGCGUUGCCGCACGAAGAGCUUUUACCGCAUCCUGGCCGCGCGCAAAUUGGAGUGAGAGCAAAACAAUCGACGAAGCAAACGUUGGUACCACCCGGCUUCGUCGAUUUUUUUGCUCUCG